UUCACCGCAUAUAUUUUAAAUUUUUUAUUAAUAUCCUUUUCUUUCCCAAACUCUUCUCUACAAAAUUGUUUUGCUCUCUUUUCCUUUUGUCCAUCCUCUUCCGUACAGAGCUUGGACUACCCCAUUUUGCAUCUGAAUUCAGAUCAACAAACAGAAGGAUUCAAUAUAAAUGGCAGCUAUUUACAGCCUUUACAUCAUCAAUAAAUCAGGAGGGCUUAUCUUCUGCAAGGAUUAUGGUUCGGCUGGAAAAAUGGACACAAAUGAUAGUUUGAGAUUGGCUAGUCUGUGGCAUUCUAUGCACGCUAUCUCUCAGCAGUUGUCCCCAGUUAAUGGUUGUGCUGGUAUCGAACUCCUUCAAGCUGAUACGUUUGAUCUACAUUGCUUCCAAUCUCUUACCGGAACAAAAUUCUUUGUGGUCUGUGAGCCUGGAACUCUUCAUAUGGAGUCCCUGUUGAAGUAUAUCUAUGAAUUAUACACUGAUUACGUCUUGAAGAACCCUUUCUAUGAAAUGGAAAUGCCGAUCCGGUGUGAGCUCUUUGACAUAAGUUUGUCACAGGCCGUUCAGAAAGAUCGCGUUGCUUUGUUGGGGAGAUGAGCUAGAAAAAAAAUUUAUAUGACAAUUUUGUUGACAGGUUCGGUUAUGCAUCUGGAAUGUGAUUUUUUUCUUUGUUGUUUCAAGAUAAUGGCUUGUAAGAUAAAUUUUGAGAAUCCCAAAUAACAUUUUUCGCGGACAAUUACCAA